AUGAAUAUGAUACUAAGUUAUACAUUUGAAAUCAAGUUUGGACCAUAUCAUCAGAAAGUAACAGUCACAAUGAGUCCAUUUAGUCUUACAAUGAACACUUUGAAAGAUGUGGCUAUAAAAUUUAUCGAAACAAUGUGUCCUGAUCAAGAUAUAAAAUCAUUGAACAAUCGAAUACUAUUAUUCAAGUAUGAGCCAUCUUCUUACCAAAUGUUACUGCCAUUGAAUCCACGUGAUAUAUUAAAUCCAGAAUGUAUUGUUGAAGUUAUUAUUUCACAAUGUCUUGUUAAUACUUAA